AGUUCGAUCCGCCUUGGCCACAGAGAGAGGACUUUAAACGGAGAACCAGCUGCCACUGAGGUGCCAUCAGCUUCCAGCGCGUGAGGAUUCUGAGGCGGCGUUGCUCUCCGCGCGCGCUCCUUGCAGCCAAUCAGCGGGAAGAACCCCAAAGCGCUGUGAUUCUUCCUCGCUGGAAGGUUUGAGAAAAGUGGACUUUGGGCUCGAGGUGAAAGACUGACAUCCCUGAACAUGGAAGGAGAAGCAUCAACUGGAGCUUCAAAGCCCACCCAAGAAUCCAUAAUUAAAGAAGAGACGAUUACAGAGAGAAAAUGGGUGAAGCUCAAUCAGACUACUUACCUUGAUCCCACUGGUAAAACAAGAGUAUGGGAAACUGUGAAACGUACUACCAGAAGAGAGAGCAUCUCUGCUGAUGGUGUUGCUGUUAUUCCUGUGUUGCAAAGGACUCUUCAUUAUGACUGUGUUGUCUUAGUGAAACAGUUUAGGCCUCCCCUGGGAGCCUAUUGCCUGGAGUUCCCUGCAGGUCUAAUUGACCACAAUGAAACUCCAGAAACUGCUGCUUUGCGUGAACUGGAAGAAGAAACAGGAUACAAAGGAGACAUCCUUGAAUGCUCUCCGGCUCUGUGUCUGGAUCCUGGCUUGACAAACUGCUCAGCACACAUUGCAACAGUCACCAUUAAUGGAGAUAGUACCCUCAAUUUGAAGCCCAGGCAAAAACCUGAGGAAGGAGAAUUUGUAGAAGUUGUCACACUACCAAAGAAUGAUUUAUUGCAAAGAAUUGAAGAAUUGGUGGCAGAGCAGAACCUUAUUGUGGAUGCAAAGUUAUAUGCUUAUGCCUUGGCAUUGCGACAUGCAACAGAUAAGCCCUUCCAAGUGCCAUUUAUGAAAUUCUAAGACUGCGCCGUACUUAGUUCUUUCGGAAGUUUUCCCUGUAAGAAAUUACAACUUCAGCGAUUAACUCUCAUCAAGUAUAUUUUUGAAUAAAAUACAGUAAACUUUAAAAAGCAAACUGUUCUUAGCAGUCAUGCCUGGAAUAAUGUAAUUGAUCUGUAUAUUAUAUAACAGAUAAAAUGUCUCUUUAAUUCUGUACUGAUUAACUGGACUUCCCUGAAGCAAAAAUAAAUGUCUUUCAACCAAC